AUGGACAUUUUAAAAUAUGAUGAUACUGAUCACACGGUUCGUUCGAAAUUAGAUCAACCGUAUCUAUCAAGUAACUCUCAUGAACGUCAGACAAUAUCGUCUCUAUACGAAAAGUGUUCUGCAUGUGAUAAUCGAACAAAAUCGACACAUUUGUCAUUUCCUGAAUCAAAUAACACACAAUCAGCACAAAAUGAAACAUAUUUCCCGUUUGAUAAAUAUUUGAAUAUAUUCUCACCACCUCCACCUUUAGAUUUUACAUUGGAAAAAUCUCUCAAUAAUAGUAAAUUAUACGAUAUUUUAAAAGAAUAUGAUGAUGCUAAAUGUUUAAUUGAUGAAAAAUAUGCAUCAAUAUCAAGACAAAAUGAUGAUUCAUUAUUUCUAUUAAAUACGGGUAACAACCAAUCAAAUAUUCAUUUAAUUACUCAAGACGUUGAACAAGUAACCCAACAUUUAAAAACGAAAAAAGAUAUCAACAAACAGUCGAGAUCUGAAACACAAAUUGCCUUCAAUCGUCAUUUAACAAAAAAAACAUCGAAAUCACAGACAAAUCAUAAGAUGACUCAUAGAAAAGAGACCUCUCGUUAUCAUGAUAAAUUAGACGGAAAACCAUCGGAACAACAGAUUCACUCGAAACAUCCACCAACAAAAAUAUUACCUGCUAACAUUCUGGUCACACGUCGAAAUCAAUCACGCCUAAUAAUCAAUCCUAAUGAACGAUUGUUGCCUGAAUAUUGUUCAUGCAAUUCCAGGUUACUUGGCCCACCUCAAAUACAUGAUACGAGAGUAACUGAGUCAUCAUAUGUACCUUCGCCAAAUUCACAAUCACAAAAAUUAACUCCACACAUCUUACCGAGUAUUGAAAUUCCAUCAAUAUCGUCACCAACAAAAAAAUUUCGUUUCGGAAUAAAAUUGGAUUCUGUCUAUCAUAAAGGUAGUGAUGACAAUGAUAUAGUGAGUAAUUCAUAUAAGCAAGAUGAAACAUCUAGUAACAACACUAUGCAACUACUGCACCAGAAUUUAGUAGACGCAUUAACUCGACAAGUAUUAGAAGAAAUAAGUACACAAAACCAAUCAAUACAGUAUACUGUUAACGAUUUACAAACACCACAACCAACUCCACCAUUUUCACCGAUUCAACGAAGAGCACGAAAAAUAAAUACGCCAGAUGAAGAUAAAUCAUUUGAAAGUACUGUAAGCUCAACAGAAAUAAAGCAAGAAGAUCAAUAUUCAAUAAUUCCUGAAAGAAAUGUUCAGACACCUAUUAUUACGCCUCCUCAAUCUCCGCCAGCAACACCUCCACCAUCUCCGCCUGUUACAAUUCAAAAGGUACCGUUGACACUUCCAGUGAACAUACCCGUUGAAAAGAGAGAUGCUAGUACAAUGGCUACAUGGAUCGAAUUACCCGCUAAACCGCCUGUAAUUAUUCAGACCACUCUUCCACCUCCUCUUCCUGAAACUAUUCCAACGCCUUCAACACCUGUGUCAACGUCUCAAUCAACAACAACCGAAACACUUACGUCCUCCACAUCUAUUAGUACACCAUAUUCUCUUCAUGAUGAUAGUUCAUUUAGUGAUCACAUUUGGUUUAAUCAACAUAGUGAAGGAGAACUACAUAUUGAUCUACCACAAACUGAAGUUGUUUUAUCAAAAGUAAAGCAACGGUUAGAACAACACAAACAGAACUACAAUAAUAAUAUAGCAAUAACCGAUGGUGACAGUGAAUCAAACAGUGCUGGUGAGAUAUGA